AUUGGUUUAUCUUUGCUGUUUUAUAUUUAUUUGGGUUUUCGAAACAUAUGUAUUUCAAAAUCUGCUGUUUCAUCCAAGAGGAGUGCAAUUAUGCCCAAAGUGUCAUGCAAAUGCCGAUCGAAGAAAGAAGUUCAAGUCCAUGUUAUAUACGUGGGCGGGGCAAUUGGAAUGGUGAGGAAUGCCGAAGGAGUCCUAAUUGCCAAUGAAAACGAGCUGUCCAAGCAACUGCGUCAUAAUCCCAAUUAUCAUGAUCCAAAUUUUAAGCCUAGCUGUGUGGAUUGUCAACCGAAUCAAUCGUUUUUGGUUCUGCCGUCUGUACAAGAUCACCCGCAUCGUGUUAUUUACGACAUUGUGGAAUACGCACCAUUGUUGGACUCCAGUUGCAUUGGCGUAGAUGAAUGGAGAAGGAUAGCCAAUGAUCUGGGAAAGUCGUAUAGCCGCUAUGAUGGAUUCGUUAUCCUCCAUGGAACAGACACUUUGGCCUACACUGCCUCCGCCCUAGCUUUUAUGCUAGAGAACUUGAGCAAGCCUGUUGUGAUUACUGGAGCCCAGAUUCCCAUCUUUGAGACACGCUCCGAUGGUCGUGACAAUUUUGUAGGCUCCUUGCUACUAGCUGGCAAUUACAAUAUACCCGAAGUUGUGGUCUUUUUUGGUAAUCGCAUCCUGCGCGGCUGUAGAACAUCCAAGGUUAGCUCCGAUUCCUUUAAUGCUUUCGACUCAACCAACCAAAUGUCUUUGGGUCGGACUGGGAUUAACUUUGAGAUCAACAAUCGGCAAAUAUUUAGACCGUGUAAUUUGGAAAAGUUUACAGUUCAUGUGACUAUGGAGAAGAAUGUGGCAUUGCUACGUUUAUAUCCAGGAAUCAGUCAGAAUGUGGUGCGUGCUCUUCUGAGUGAUCCCAUCAAAGGGGUGGUCAUCCAAACCUUUGGAUCCGGAAAUGUGCCGUCAAAUCGGGAGGAUAUCCUUGACGAGUUAAGGGAGGCUGUCGAUAGGGGUGUCAUUGUGGUUAAUAUCACACAGUGUGCCAGCGGUAUUGUAUUGCCACACAAUACAGGAAAUGCGUUAUGGGAAAUUGGUGUUGUGCCGGGCUAUGAUAUGACUCAGGAAGCGGCAUUUACCAAAUUGUGUUAUGUCUUGGGCAAACCCGAUUGGGACUUGGUCAAUAAGAAGAAGGUUAUGCUUUUAAGCCUACGCGGCGAGUUGACCACCAACAAGAUUGCUAAGAUAAACGAUAUUGAUCUGAUCGAAGGCGUGGCUCGUACUUUGCAUCUGUCUACCUCAAAGGAGCGUGAGCAAAUGUGUUCCACGUUCUAUCCAGCCCUUGUAUCCGCUGCUGUGAUGGAGGGUGAUGUUAAUAAACUCACCGAUUUAAAGCAAUAUGGAGCCGAUCUUUGUGACACCAACUGUGAUGGUCGCACAGCCUUGCAUCUUGCAUGUUAUCUGGGAAAACUGAACUGUGUCUGUUACCUGAUCGCAGCUGGAUGUUCGGUCAAUGCACAUGACCGCUUUAAUCGUACUCCCUUGCAUGAAGCCAUAGAUACUGAUAACCAUGAGAUUAUACGGGCUCUUCUUAAUAGUGGUGCCAUUCUUCGAGAUCCUCCCGAGGUCCAGGCGGAAUUGUUAAGAGCCCUUACAGAGAGGGGAAGGAUUCAACGCUUGGAAUCAUUUCGCUUAGCUGGUGCUGAUCUCACUCUGGCUGAUCGCACGGGACGCACAGCUCUGCAUUAUGCUUGCCAGUUGGGUAACCAUGAGGUGGUCGAUUAUCUUUUGCCCUACUAUACAAAUCGCUCUAUCAAAGACGAGCUAGGAUUAUCGCCCAUUGAAUAUGCCAAGGCCGCCCACCAUGAACAUAUUGUUACCCUAUUGCGAAAUCGGGAGAGGCCGGAUAAUCCGGAUCCCUGUUUGUAUACUAAAUAAGUUUGUCACACUUUUAAAGCCUUCUAAGGAGCAAUGUUGUGAGUUGAUAACAGAACUUUCAGUUUGAAAGAUCUCUCGUCAGAGCUUCCAUCAAAAAAUCGUAAAGGACUUCAUGUAACUAUUCAAGACUAUAUCAAUUUGUUAAAUGUCAGGAAAAAGCAAUCAUAAACCAAUUAAUAAUUCUUUAA